AUGUCGCGACAUGCAGAGACAGACGCUCUAAAGGCCGUGCUUAGCUUUCUCAACGUUGACCGUGAAGCGCUUGAAUGUUAUGGGGCCACGCCUCCCCGCGCGCUCCUCCUUUCUGGACCACCUGGAGUUGGAAAGACGAAGGCAGUCCAUUUGGCAGCGGAGAAGUUGGCUCUGCCGGUCUUCACUGUUGUGCCGGGACAAAAUGUGAUUCAGCAACUGCAUGAUGCCUUCAGAGGCAAUACACAACCUACAGACAUUGAACAAGAUCACGCUGCUGCCUCUUCACGAAUUAUAUUCCUCGACGAAGUUGACGCGAUUUGUCCGCUGCGAUCCUUGUCAACCUCAACUUCGUCAUCAAAUACACGGAUAACAAGCGUUUUGCUCUCCUUCAUUGAUCCCCCACCCGUACCACAGUCCAUUGUGCAUACGAAGUCUCCAGCAAUUACAUAUGUUAUUGCUGCUACGAACAGACCGAAUGCAAUCGACCCAACACUUCGCAGGCCAGGGCGCUUUGAUCUAGAAGUCUCACUUCUUCCCCCCACCUUAUCGGAUCGUCUGAGCAUUUUGUCGGCGCUUGAACCGAAUGGCCAUGGACUACAUCUCCUCAAAAUUGCAGAGCGAACCGCGGGUUAUGUCCCUGCUGAUUUAGAUGCAUUGUGCAAGUUUGCACACCAAAUUCACGCCAGACAAACUUCUAAAGAUUGCGAACCGGAUCUCGAAGGUUACUACAAAAGCUUCGAUUUAGCCCUCGCGAAGAGCAAGCCGUCAGUGCUGCGAGACAGUUUGGCGGUUGAGGUCCCUCGAUGUACUUGGGAUAUGAUCGGGGGCCUCGCGGACGUCAAAAGACGAUUGAAGAUGGCCGUCGAAUGGCCCCUGCGCUAUCCAGGCACCUUUCAACGGCUUGGUCUAAAGGCGCCUCGCGGGAUUUUACUUUACGGACCACCAGGGUGUAGCAAAACAACUCUAGUCCGAGCGGCGGCGUCGGAGAGUCAUGCAGUGUUUAUGCGGAUGAAUGGAGCUGAUGUAUAUUCAUGCUACCUAGGAGAAGCUGAGCGUAUUCUGAGAGAGGCUUUUGCAUCAGCGCGAGCCGCUGCCCCUUGCAUUUUAUUCCUUGAUGAGAUAGACGCCAUCGUUGGCAAGCGCUCAAGGGGUGGUGAGGGUCAGCCUGACGGAAAUGGUGUACAGGAACGGGUUUUGACUACUUUACUGACGGAGAUGGAUGGUAUUGUAUCAGCAUCUGGGGUGCUUGUCGUCGGCGCAACAAACCGUUUAGACCUCCUGGACGAUGCCUUGUUGCGCCCCGGGCGGUUUGAUGACAUAUUGCAAGUCGGCCUUCCUGAUGAAUCUGCGCGAUUACAGAUACUGCAAAUACACUGCUCGAAACUGCCACUGGCCGACGAUGUUCAUCUUGCUGAUAUCGCGAAACGAGCGAUAGGAAAGUCUGGUGCAGAUUUGAUGUCUGUGUGUAAGGAGGCAAGCCUUGCUGCGUUGCGGGAGCAUUAUCGAAAGGGUAUUUCAAGUAUAAAGGCUCCCGAAUCGUCGCCAUUUGUCGAGGUUAGAGCAAGACAUUUCAUGUCGUCACCUUGA